GUGCAAAUCGUUGGGUUUGCCAAACUAACGUCCUGAGGCGCCCCUAGGAGGGUAAAUAAUACUCGAGGCUUCUUUUUGUCUCUGAUGGUGACUUCAUCUUCGAAAACCAGAUCCAGCGGCCCGGUGCGCCGAUCACAGUCGCCUGGCGGCCGGUUAUGUAACUUCCCGGCGCUGUCGUCUUUUACGUCGGCGUUUGCUUCAUCCACUAGCUUAAACUUUUACUCGCAUUCUUCUACUUUCCGUUCCGUUGAUCACCGCGAUUUCCGCAGCCACCAUCAUCAACCUCGAUGCACCUCCCCUAGCCGUGUUAAUUUUUUUUCGUCUCCUUCUCUUACUUCUGCUGUCCGUUUUUUCGUCGAUAACCGUUCGAUUUCUCCGAAUCGGUCCGUUAUUGUUUCGAGGAAAAAUCGAUCGGCGUCUAAUGUUAAGAGGACCUGUAUAUGCUCUCCGACGACGCAUCCAGGAUCGUUCCGGUGUAGUCUUCACAAAAACGUCUCGAGUAGCGGCGGCAAUAGCCAGACGGUGUCGUUUCCUUCAACCAGGUUAAAUAUGCGGCGAUCGGCUAUGGCCAACUCGCUCGUUCGAAUCGGUGGUGUGGAAGGAGAGUUGGUGAAGCGAGCAUUGACUACUCUAAUUCGACCUUCUUCGCACCAGCAGAGGAGGAGAGGGGCAUUUAUACCUAGAUCAAGUCGGCUCUCUGUCAUGUCCAAGGUUGACGACGCUUGAAUUUACAGCAGAAGGUACGGUGAGGUCUAAAAACUUUAUGAUCUCAGGUUGUUUGAAGAGCAACAAUUUGUGAACGUUUCUGGUUUAGAAUUAUAGCCGAAAAGAAAACACACUACACUAAGUUGCAUAAUCGUUCAAAGAAGUAUCUGAAGUGAAGUUCAUUAGAUUCAGAAUAUGUGACUCGGAAGCAGGACUACUGAGUCGACUCGCCGAGUGUUAUUCGCAGGCUUCGUGGUUUUUUGGCAGAGGAUUGAAGAAGAAGAAAAAAAGCCAACGAACUUGCACCUUUGUACAUACAACAUUGUUUGCUGUGGAAGGAGAAAUUCAGACAUUUUUACUUCGAAUUGAAACCAAACGAAAGCAAAACAAAAUUCGAAGAUUAAUUUCAACAACCAGCAACCGGCUUCAAUUUGAAAAUGAUUUAUAACACCGUUGGAUGAUGAGAAUUGUGACCUGUUCAAUUCCGUUCUAUGUGCAGCCUUGGGAUUCCGUGUGUGCCGCCAUUGUCAUCUGCUCCGAUGAUCGUGAUUUUCGUCCCCAUCGUUUCACGUGGUUCCGUUUAAUCCGUCCCGUUCAUUCCGGUGCCAGGUAUUUAUUUCUUUACUUUUGCUAUGAUUCGUUUAUUUAGUUGGUGCAGGACGUGCCGCUUGGUGAAAUAAAGUCGUCACGAUUCAGGCGCUGAGUUGAAACUAAACUUAGAAGAUAAAACAAUGUUAAAAUAUUUAAUAAUAAAUUAUAGUUUAUUUACCAUUCUAUCUCCUUUAUUAAUAUAAUAAGAGGAAGGAAAGUGUUGAAUGAAAGCCUCACGGUCUAAUUUAGGAAUGACCAUAGGUUUAUAAUCUAUCAUUGGCUAAGUUAGUGAAGAUGAUCGUCCCAAUCCAAUAAAUAUAGUUUAAGUUGGGUUAUUAACCCAUUUGAAUUUGAUUAUUUCAAAUCAAAUAAAUGAAGAUUUAUAAGUUAGGUUAGUUCAUGGGUUUGUUUUUUUUUUAACGUUAUUUUUAUUAUAUUUAUAAUUUUAUUAUUUAUUCUCUUGGACUUCGGCCUUCAAAUGAGCUCUUCAAGCCUAGUGAUUUUUUGGGUUUUAUGUAGUAGUUGGGAUAGCCCAAAACCUAAUUUAGUGGGCCCAAGCCACGUGUCCGAUUCUCCAGAGGCAGUUAUUGUUAACUUCUUUUGCAAAGUGACAGUCAGAGUAACUUAAACAUCUCUCGUAACCGCUUUCUUUAUAUAAAUAUCACCCCGCCCAUUUUUACUCUGUUGCUUGACUAUUCUUUCGAGAGAAGAAAAGAAACAGCGAAAUGGGUUUGGGCAUCAAUUGUUCAUCUUCAGUAGUUCUCCUACCUCGAGCUCCCGAUUCAAAUUCCUUUGAUUCUUCAAAAGUUGCUCGAUUGUCUGCGAAGGACGAUAGAGGAACGUGGAGAAUCAGAAGUCGAUGCGCUUUAGGUUUAGCGAGUUUGAUUCUCGCAAUUGAGUUCGGCGACAUCUCCGUCGCCGUUGAAACUCAGGCUCUCGAAUCGCCGCCGCAAGUUGUAGAUUCGAGGCGUGUAAAGAUCUCGAGAUGGAGCGACAAAAGAAAAUGCGCUCAAUGGCGAGCCAAUUCGCUCGAGAUCAUUGUGCCUGAGAACCUUCCGAGGCCAUCGCAGCGCCGGAAGUGGGAGACAAUAGCAUUUACGGAUGUGGAGAACGCACCGGCAGUUCAAGUAAUUUCUUCCAAAUUUGGCUCCAAGUACUGUUUCUCUUUAUAAAUAUCUAUUGCCUCGCCCAGAGUAAAUUGUAGAUACUAGCUACUAAGUCGUUUUUAUCAAUCA